CUAAAACAUCCUUUCUUUAAAAAAAAAACCCCAUUCAUUUUAAACACAUAAUUAAAAACCUCCAUGGAUGAGAGUGGUGGUCGUGGAAGAGGUCAUGGGGAUGACUUGGCCGGAGGCAGCAGAGAGAUUUGCUACCGGGGAGUACGACGUCGGCCAUGGGGAAAAUUCGCAGCUGAAAUACGAGACUCUAGAAGGCAAGGAGUACGGAUAUGGUUAGGUACUUUCAACACGGCUGAAGAAGCAGCACGAGCUUACGAUCGAGCAGCUUACAACAUGAGGGGUCAUUUGGCCAUUUUGAAUUUUCCUAAUGAAUAUCCGCUUACCAGCUCUGGUGGCGGUGGAGCUUAUUAUUCGAGUGGGUCGUCAUCUUCUUCUUCAAUGUCAAUGCGGCAAAAUGAAGUGAUUGAAUUUGAGUAUUUGGAUGAUAAAGUGCUUGAAGAUCUUCUUGACUAUGGAGAAGAAAGUGAUAAGAGAAGCUAAAACUCUUGAACAAGUUGCUGCCCAAAAAAAAGAUAUAAAAGGGUAACAGAAGAGUCACUAUCAUCAAAUAGGGCUAUAUUCUAUUUAGCCCUUUUUAAACCUUUCUUUUCUUUUGUAAUGGCAUAA